AGAGGAUGUAGGUGAUGGCAAUGUUAGUACUUCAUGGUCUCCCCUGUGUGGGACUGUGGGAGCUGAGCAUCACUGAGCAAAUCUCCUUAACUCAAGUGAAAUUGAAUGACCUGAAAAUGGAUCCUUCUUCUCCUGUGGUACCAGCAACCAUUUUGGAACAAACUGCCUCUCGGCUUGGAUGCAGUCCCACAGACAAAAAACUCGCUGUUCACUUAGAUGAGCAAGAUGAGUUAAAACACCUUCGUGAAUGUUUCUGUAUCCCAAAAGUCAAGGAUCUGCCUCCAACUGAUCUGAGCCUGGUGGAUGGAGAAGAGAGCUGUGUGUACUUUGCUGGGAAUUCUCUUGGGCUCCAGCCAAGAAAGGUUAAAACUUACUUGGACGAAGAACUGGACAAGUGGGCUCGAACAGGUGUUCAUGGCCAUUUCAAUGGCCGGCGCCCGUGGGCUUUGGCAGAUGAGUGCAUCCUGGACCUGAUGGCUCAGCUGGUUGGGGCCCAAAGACACGAAGUAGCCUUAAUGAAUGGGCUGACUGUUAACUUGCACCUCCUGAUGCUAUCUUUCUUUAAGCCUACUCCAAGACGCUAUAAAAUUCUUCUAGAAGCAAGAGCUUUUCCCUCUGACCAUUAUGCUGUUGAGUCCCAGCUUCGACUGCACGGGCUGGAUGUGGAGAAAAGCAUGAUCCUGCUGCAGCCACGGCAGGGGGAGGAGACCUUGAGGACUGAAGAUAUCCUUGCUGUAAUUGAGAAGGAAGGGGACUCUAUUGCUGUCAUUAUGUUCAGUGGGGUUCAGUACUACACAGGACAGUUGUUUGACAUCCCUAGAAUAACAAAGGCUGGCCAAAAAAAGGGAUGCCUUGUUGGAUUUGACCUGGCUCACAGUGUUGGGAAUGUAGAGCUUCAUUUGCAUGACUGGGGAGUAGAUUUUGCCUGCUGGUGCUCCUACAAGUAUUUAAAUUCUGGAGCAGGAGGCCUUGCUGGUGCCUACAUUCAUGAAAAGCAUUCCAAGAGCGUUAAACCAACGCUAAUCGGCUGGUGGGGUCACGACUUCAAAACAAGAUUCCUCAUGGAAAACAAAUUACAACUAAGUGAAGGAAUUAAUGGAUUUCGGUUAUCAAAUCCUCCAAUUUUACUGGUCUGUGCUCUGCACGCCAGUUUAGAGGUUUUUAGUCAAACCACGAUGAAGGCAUUGAGAAGGAAAUCCAUUCUACUCACCGGUUACUUGGAAUACCUGAUAAAACAUUACUACAGCGAGGAUAAAACAAACCCAGAGAAGCCCUUUGUAAAAAUUAUCACACCAUCUCGGAUUGAGGAAAGAGGAUGCCAACUCACUCUAUCGUUUUCCCUUCCCAUAAAAUCUGUGUUUAAAGAGUUGGAGAAGAGAGGAGUAGCAUGUGACAUGCGAGAACCAAAUGCUCUCCGCGUUGCCCCAGUUCCUCUCUACAAUUCAUUCCGUGAUGUGCACAGAUUUAUUGAAAUCCUGGGAUCUGCAAUUACAUCUUCAAAACAAACAGCAAAUAAUACUGCACUAUCUGCUUCUUAUUGAUGGCUCAGCUGUAUCUUUUAAUCUCUUUCUGACCAAGAUGCAUUUAUUCUGCUGAGCGAUUCUUUGCUUCGAGUAGACUGAGCUAUAUCCCAUGCAAUUUGCAAAAAAAUGACUGUGCUUGAAUAGUUAUUUACAACAGACAUAGUUUUAUUAAAGCUCAUAUUUCCACUCUG